GGCUUGUGGACAGUACGUUCCAGAGCUUUAGUGUGUUUUACCGACAGCAGUAUUCUGCAGCCUACACCGUACAUUUGCACCAGGAGGUGGAGCCUAAGAAAGAGGGGAGGAGCCUACUGCUCGCACAUGGGCCUCAAUAUGCUCCAGAGGAAGUGCUAUACCAAGGGAGUGUGAAGCUCUCUUGCUGGUAUGAGCAGGGGAAGAAAUGCAAAGAGAGAUUCAUCGUACUGAGACGAGAAUACAAAGUGGAAAUACAUGAAAACACAGAGACCUUCAGUCGUGGAUGUGCAGCGAAGUUGGUCCUCCAUCCAGCAGGGGGCAGUGUGUUCACAAAAGAGGAGGAGUCCAAAGCUCACCAAGAGCGAACCUGCGCUGGAAUACUCAAUGGAGUGAAGGAGGAUUCUUCUUCGGUGGUAUCCUCUCCAGAUGUGCUGGCAGUGUAUCUGCACCUGCAUUAUAUGGGCCACACUUGCUUCCUGUUCCAACAGGAAGAAGAACGUGAUAACUUCCUUUCUGCUAUCAAGACCUGCAUUAGACACGGCAACCUUGGUAAACCCCCCACUCACAAACACAUUCUCUCUAUGGCCAGCUAUUACACCUAGUGCUGUAGGCCUACCCUCGUUUGAAAUAUGCAGUAUAUUAAAAUGAAAUGAAAGAUCGUUUGGGGAAUUGCUGGACAGCAUUGCCCAAACAUUCAAAACGUAACUUAAAAUGAGGAAUUACUC